UCGCUUCGAAUGGAUUUACUUUUUCUUAGCCGACGUAUUUUUUUGGGAGAUGGCAGCCAAGAGACGCCCCUCCAUGGAGGCAUCGUUGUGGACACCGAGGGCAUCAUUAGACGUGUGCUUCGGACACCACAGGAGGUGAACACAUAUCUAUAUAACACCGAAUCGGAGGCUGUCUAUGACUUUGGGGAUCUGUUGCUGAUGCCGGGACUGAUUGAUGCGAAUGUGCACAUUAAUGAGCCGGGACGCAAAGACUGGGAGGGAUUUGCAACAGCGACAAAAGCGGCAGCUGCCGGAGGCAUUACAACGAUUAUUGAUCGACCAACCAAUGCCACGCCCACCACGGUGAACGUGCAGGCGCUGAAGGCAAAGACUUCAAUAGCGCGAGGCAAGAUCUAUGUGGACGUGGGCUUCUGGGGUGGCCUUGUGCCCGGCAACAAGGAUCAGCUGGUGCCGCUACUCGCUGCCGGCGUCAUGGGACUACAGUGCACACUCUGUGGCAGCGCUCCGCCUGUCGGUGAGGAGUUUGCGGCUGUCAACGAGGCACAGUUGAUGGAGGCACUCAAGCAGCUGACAGAUGCGGCUGAAACGGAAGCGGUUAUAGCGUUCCAUGCGGAGCUGCCGCUUGAGGAGCAAGUGCAGCAGAAAGAUUCCUCCGAAUCCAGCGAAUCCUCAACCAAAACCUAUGCGAGUUUCCUGAGCACGCGUCCCGCCUCCAUGGAAGUUUCAGCGAUGCAGCUGAUCUGUGAGGUGGCGGUGAAGCAUCCACAGCGUCGCUUCCACGUAAUGAAUCUCAGCUCGGCGGAGACGUUGCCUGUGUUGCAGCAAUGCCAGCAACAUGGGGCACAGCUAACAGCGGAGACGUGUCCACAUUAUCUAUCACUUUGUGCGGAACAGGUGCCCGAUUGUGGCACGGAGUUCAAGACCUGGCCACCGAUCCGUGAGCGCAACAAUCAGGCGGCCUUGUGGCAGGCAUUGUUGUGCCCCAAGGGAUCGUUGCAGCUGAUCGCCAGCGAUCAUUCGGCGGCAACGCCCGGGGCACGUUGUCUGACCUAUGGACGAGGACGUGGCAAUUUCAUGAAUGCCUGGCCGGGCAUCAGUUCGUUGCAACUGAGUCUGCCCAUUGUAUGGACACGUGGCAUGCAACUGCAGCAGCCACUCAGCCUAUCGGAUGUGCAUCGUUUAAUGUGCUGGCAGCCGGCUCAACUCUGCGGCCUCUCCAGCUUCAAGGGACGCAUUGCCGAGGGCUACGAUGCCGAUUUUUGCAUCUGGAGUCCAACUGAAGAGUUCACCGUGUCCGUCGAGGAUUUGCAUGCGGCUAACAAAUCCGCUACACCCUAUGCGGGUCAGCGGCUGUGCGGUGUGGUGCAUGCAACAGUGGUGCGUGGCCUGCAUGUCUAUCAACAGUUCGAGGGAUUCGGCCAGCCGCUGGGCAAGAUUCUCCUGCGCAAGAGCAGCCAUAAGGUGGUCAAGUUUGUUCGGCUGUGAAUUCAAACUUUGUUAAUUAAACAAAUUUGUCAGAUUGAAAUUGGAAUACAGUCUACUUGCUAAAUAUAUACACUUUCCCUCUCUGUCUGUAUACUCGUA